AAUCGAAGCAAAAAUAUAAAAUAUCGAGUCUGGGUUUCAAUUCCAAAUCGUUGGCAUGAGAAGCAAGCUGAUAGUGAAUAUAUACGUAGUGAAUAAAAAGCUGUGAACCACAGAGAAAUCAAGACGCUGCGAAUCUGUGAAAAAGUGAAAGAGGGAUGGGGUUGAAGUUUCUAAACAAGAAGGGAUGGCACACUGGGAGCCUCCGCAACAUCGAAAACGUCUGGAAAGCCGAGCAGAAACGCGACGCCGAAGACAAAAAACUCGAAGAGCUCCGCAAACAAAUCCACGAAGAGCGUGAACGCUCCGAGUUUCGUCUCCUCCAAGAACAGGCCGGCCUUAUUCCGAAACAAGAGAGGUUGGAUUUUCUUUAUGAUUCUGGAUUGGCAGUUGGGAAGGCGAGUGAGUCGGAUGGAUUUAAGUCACUUGAAGCUUUGCCUAGUACUCAACCUGAUGUCGGGCCGUCUACCAGUAAUAAGGCGGCUGUUCCUGGAGCUUUGUUUGAGGAUAAGCCACAGUCGGCCAAUGAUGCGUGGAGGAAGUUGCAUUCCGAUCCUUUGCUUUUGAUUAGGCAACGGGAGCAAGAGGCACUUGCUCGGGUUAAGAAUAAUCCUGUGAAGAUGGCUAUGAUCCGCGAAUCAGUUGAAGCAAAGAAACAUAAGAAGUCUUCAGAUAGGAAAGAACAUGGAAAGAAGCAGAAGAAGUCGAAGCAUAAAAAGUCCUCGUCAUCGGGGCACCAUUCUCACUCGGGAGAUUCUGCGGUAGAAAGGGAAGAGAAGGUGGUUUAUAAAAAGCAUGAGAGAAAGUACAAUGAAUGUGUUAAUAAAGGUUCUUCAGAUUCAGAAUAUGAAUUAAGUAAAGAUGCUCAUAGAGAGCGUAGAUCACAUAGGGAACCGAAAUACAAAGAAACAUCCUCUAGUAACUAUGCUGGAGGCACCACUGAAAGAAGUUACAGACAAGACAAGUCUGCAAAAUACAGUCCAAAAGGGUUGAAGCAUUCUGAAUAUGCCAGAAGAGAGGCGGACGUAAGAAACCGUAAUGUCUCUGACAAUGGGUCAAGGCAUGACUCAAACUCUAGGAAUCGGAGGAAACCUGUGAAACUUUCUGAAGAAGAGAGGGCUGCCAGAUUGCAGGAGAUGCAAAUGAAUGCCGAGCUUCAUGAGGAGCAGAGAUGGAAACGUCUGAAAAAAGCAGAAGAAGAUGAUGCUCGUGAAAUUGUUCAAGGACACGAUAAGCGGAAUUUCUUAGACGAUGUUACAAAAAGCGUAUAUGGUGCUGAAAAAGGGGGUAGCUCGUCGAUAGGUGAAAGCGUACGUCGGCGGGCACAUUAUUCUCAGGGAAGAUCUCAAGUUGGCGAGGGCAAUGCAUUUCGGCGCUAACAAUAUGUUCUAGGGUAUAUGUCAUGGUACUUCUAGAAUUCAGUUGGCCAAGUUCAGGAAAUUUGCAGAUAUCUCCGAAGUGCUGCCUGUGCCAAGGGGUGUAAUCUUCGCAAAGCUGUGAAAUCCUCUCUAUGCAACUAUAACUUCUGUUGUAGUUUUUGAAGUGUCUGUUGAGUUUUCUUUGGGAUAUGAAUGUUUGUCUUGGGGGAUUAUUUAUUUGAAGUGGUCUGAACAGGUGAUGAAUUCUCGUAAAAGAAUAUCAUUGUUAUUGUUUUUUGUGUUUACCGUGGGGAAUUUGGGAUGCAUGUAUAUCAUAUUUUUGUUGAAUUUGUAUUUUAAUUAAAUUUGAAUUUUACAUGUGUA